GCUGUUAGAUGGGCAGAGUUGUGCUAUUUGGCUACUGAGAAGUGAGGAUUCUCUGAUCUGUGUAAGGGGAUCAGAUGAACAACAUAGUGUUAACAACUAAAGCUGUCAGAGGAAACAGGAAGCAUAUUGUUGCCUUAGCAAACGGUGGAUGCAAAUAAUUAAAGUUGUUUGUUUUAGCAACCAUCUGGAUUUGUGUGGAAUUCGAGUCUUGGUUCUUUUUGGAAUUACUUGAAACAGCCAUGUGGAUUUUUACUGCCUUACAUUUUAAAGUGGUAACUACCUCAGGAUAACUACUGAAGAAGCAGCAUGUUGGAAUAUUUUUAAUAUUUGUUGUUUGUUUAAAAUCUGAUCGGAUGAGUCGUGUAUGCAUUGUUGUGUUAGAGGAGGAGGAAGAGGAUCCAUCAGUUUUAGUUUCAAAAGUUAAUCGGGAUAAAUUUCCUACUGCUGCAGGAUAUUCAUAUUCUGACAAUAGAGAGCCUCCAUUGGUACAAGCAAUAUUUAAUGUUGACCCCGAUGAAGUACGCUCCUUGAUAUUCAAGAAAGAAGAUGUGAAUGUCCAGGACAAUGAAAAAAGAACUCCCUUACAUGCUGCAGCCUAUCUGGGAGAUGCUGAAAUUAUUGAACUCCUUAUAUUAUCAGGGGCUCGAGUAAAUGCCAAAGACAACAAAUGGUUGACUCCUCUUCAUAGGGCAGUUGCAUCUUGCAGUGAAGAUGCAGUACAGGUGUUGCUGAAACACUCUGCUGAUGUUAAUGCCCGAGACAAGAACUGGCAAACACCCUUGCACAUUGCAGCAGCAAACAAAGCUGUGAAGUGCGCUGAGGCCUUAGUACCUCUUUUAAGCAACGUGAACGUAUCAGAUAGAGCCGGAAGAACUGCACUACACCAUGCUGCCUUCAGUGGUCAUGUAGAGAUGGUAAAAUUGUUGUUGUCUCGAGGAGCCAACAUCAAUGCCUUUGACAAGAAAGACAGACGUGCAAUUCACUGGGCUGCUUAUAUGGGCCAUAUUGAAGUGGUUAAACUUCUUGUGUCUCAUGGAGCUGAAGUGACUUGCAAAGACAAAAAAGCCUACACACCACUACAUGCUGCAGCCUCAAGUGGAAUGAUUAGUGUAGUUAAAUAUCUUUUGGAUCUUGGAGUUGAUAUUAAUGAGCCAAAUGCUUAUGGAAACACGCCUCUUCAUGUGGCUUGUUAUAAUGGCCAAGACGUUGUAGUAAAUGAACUCCUUGAAUGUGGUGCUAAAGUCAACCAAGUCAAUGAAAAAGGUUUUGCUCCCUUGCACUUCGCAGCUGCCUCUAGACAUGGAGCACUAUGUUUGGAAUUGCUUGUCUGCAAUGGUGCAGAUGUAAAUAUUAAGAGUAAAGAUGGGAAGACACCAUUGCACAUGACAGCCAUUCAUGGUAGAUUCUCCAGGUCACAGACAAUUAUUCAGCAUGGUGCUGUAAUUGAUUGUGAAGAUAAGAAUGGCAAUACUCCAUUACAUAUAGCUGCUCGAUAUGGUCACGAGCUGCUUAUUAACACACUAAUCACCAGUGGUGCUGACACAGCAAAAAGAGGUAUUCACGGAAUGUUUCCACUACAUCUAGCAGCACUUAGUGGUUUUUCUGAUUGCUGUAGAAAACUAUUGUCAUCUGGCUUUGACAUUGAUACACCAGAUGAUCUUGGAAGAACUUGUUUACAUGCAGCUGCAGCUGGAGGGAAUUUGGAAUGUCUGAAUCUUUUGCUUAACAGUGGUGCAGACUUCAAUAAAAAAGAUAAGUUUGGAAGGUCCCCUUUACAUUAUGCUGCUGCUAACUGCAACUACCAGUGCCUGUUUGCUCUUGUGGGAUCAGGAGCAAGUGUGAAUGAUCUUGACGAGCGUGGCUGCACACCACUGCAUUAUGCAGCAGCUUCCGACACGGAUGGAAAGUGCCUCGAGUAUCUGCUUCGGAAUGAUGCUAACCCUGGAAUUCGAGAUAAGCAGGGAUAUAAUGCUGUUCAUUAUGCAGCAGCUUAUGGUCACCGUUUGUGUCUGGAGCUGAUUGCAAGUGAAACACCUUUAGAUGUGCUAAUGGAGUCAUCUGGCUCAGACAUGUUGAAUGACAAUGAUACAAGAGCCCCUGUUAGUCCUUUACAUUUAGCGGCAUACCAUGGUCAUCACCAGGCCUUAGAGGUUUUGGUUCAGUCAUUGCUGGAUCUAGAUGUAAGAAAUAGUAAUGGCCGUACACCUCUUGAUCUAGCUGCUUUUAAAGGACAUGUAGAAUGUGUGGAUGUGUUAAUCAAUCAAGGAGCAUCCAUUCUUGUGAAGGACUAUUCAUCUAAGCGGACACCAAUUCAUGCAGCAGCUGCAAAUGGUCAUUCAGAAUGUUUGAGAUUGCUCAUAGGGAACACAGAUCUCCAGACAGCCGUUGAUAUUCAGGAUGGCAAUGGGCAGACACCUUUGAUGAUGUCUGUUCUGAAUGGACACACGGACUGUGUUUAUUCAUUGUUGAAUAAGGGAGCAAAUGUGAAUGCCAAAGACAAAAUGGGAAGGACAGCACUACACCGAGGGGCAGUGACUGGCAAUGAAGAAUGUGUAGAGCCACUCCUUCAGCAUGGUGCCAGCUUUCUUACCCGAGACAGCAAGGGUAGGACUCCACUACACUUAGCGGCUGCAUGUGGCCAUAUUGGAGUACUGAGUGCACUGAUGCAAGCUGCACAGUCUGUGGAAAUCCUUCCCAGUGUGACAGACAAUCGAGGGUACACGCCUCUCCACUGGGCAUGCUACAAUGGACAUGAUCCAUGUGUUGAACUUCUGUUGGAACAAGAGAUAUUCCAGAGGAUGGAAGGAAAUUCUUUCAGUCCUUUGCACUGUGCUGUAAUAAAUGACAAUGAAGGUGCAGCUGAAAUGUUAAUAGAUGCUUUAGGUGCAAACAUAGUAAACUCUGUGGAUUCAAAAGGAAGAACUCCUCUUCAUGCAGCGGCCUUUACAGACCAUGUUGAAUGUUUGCAACUUCUGCUCAGUCACAAUGCCCAAGUCAAUGUAGUAGACUGUUCUGGGAAAACUCCUUUAAUGAUGGCAGCUGAAAAUGGGCAGACAAAUGCAGUUGAGGUAUUAGUGAGUAGUGCAAAAGCAGAUCUAACCUUGCAAGAUGCUAACAAAAAUACAGCACUUCAUUUGGCUUGUGGCAAGGGCCACGAAACCAGUGCCUUGUUAAUUUUGGAGAAGAUAACUGACAGGAAUCUCAUCAAUGCAACUAACGCAGCUUUGCAAACGCCUCUACAUGUUGCUGCCCGCAAUGGUCUUACUGUAGUGGUGCAAGAACUUUUAGGCAAAGGAGCCAGUGUACUUGCUGUAGAUGAAAAUGGUUACACACCUGCCUUGGCUUGUGCCCCCAACAAAGAUGUUGCCGACUGCCUCGCCCUUAUUUUGGCCACCAUGAUGCCUGUAUCUCCCACCACUACUUUGCCCACCCUUCAUUUUAAUGCCAUUAAUCACUACACCAGCCCUUCAAAGACGGUCAGUUUUGAUUCACUAGCCAUUAUGAGAAGUGAGCACAGCUCUUAUCGUGGCUUCAAUAACAUUGGUAGGGAAGAUGGCUACCCGUUCAAUGAAGAUGAUGAACUCAAUGACUCUGAUUCGGAGACUUACUAAAGAGAAUAACGUCAUUACAUCCUGUGGCAAAUGACCAUGAACUGAGCUCAAAGAAAGCUUUAACUUUCUGUUUAUGGAGCUAAGAGGCAACCGACUUCCUUUGUUCGGUGACUUUGUUCGGAGGAGCCUUAAGAGUUUAUUUAGCAAAGGAUGCCAUGCUUCUUAGAAUUUCUCAAAACUGCUGGAAAAGCCAAUUUGUUCAUAACCCCCCCCCCCCCAAUCAAUUGUACCAUAUAAUUUUCAGUGCCAGAAUGUGUACAGUAAUAUAAAAUGUGUAUUAUUUAGAUUGAUGCAAAAUUUUAAAAUCUAAGGAAGACACAAAAUUAAAAGUGUCAAAAAUAAUUGAAGGCAAUAAUCCAGUAUGAAAUUCACACUUGAACUAUGAUUUGCCAAAGGGACCAAACAGU